AUGGCGUCUACUUCUACAGGUGCUCGUAAACGAAAGAAUGAAGAAAGUCUUGCUUUUCAUGAAGUCGCGCCAUCUGCGUCUACAUCUGCCUCAACACUCCAGGAAAAGCCCCGCUACGAUGUGUUCAUCAAUCAUCGUGGACCAGAUGUCAAACACACGCUAGCUACCAGGAUCUAUAACGUCCUAAAGGAUAUGAAUGUCACAGCCUUUUUAGAUUCCGAGGAGUUGGAAUAUGGCGAUUUCUUGCCUACAACAUUACAAUCAGCAAUGCAUAGUGCUUCCAUUCAUAUAGCAAUUUUUUCUGAGAACUAUGCAAAAUCACCUUGGUGUUUGGCAGAGCUCUCAUUUAUGCUUACCACUGGUGCUAAAAUUGUUCCUGUAUUCUACCAUGUAGAGCCCACUGAUCUCAGAUAUGUAGAACAAGGGAAGGGAAUCUACGUUGAUGCUUUUGUGCAGUAUGAAAAGAAGCAUAGAUACAGCCCACAGAAGCUUCAAGAGUGGAAAAUGGCACUCAAAAAUGUCUCUUGCUACAAAGGCCAAAUCAUUAAAAAUAAUGAUGAUGAAAUGGGGUUCCUGAAGAAUAUUGUGAAUAUUGUAUUGAAAGAAAUAAACAACGUGCCAUUAGUGGUUGCAAACCAUCCUGUCGGUCUCGAAGAAACAGUAAUAGACUUUGAAAAGAAUGCACUCCAAUCUAGUCAGGAGGGUGUACAAAUCGUGGGAAUUUGGGGUAUGGGUGGCUCCGGUAAAACCACGCUUGCCAAAACUUUAUACAAUAAAAUAUCUUCAUCUAUGGAGAAGUCUAGUUUUAUAUUUGAUGUUAGAGAUGGUGCAACCAAAGGCAUGUUGCAUAACAAGCAGAUUCAACUCCUCAAAGAUCUUGGAGUCAAAGAAGAAGACCGAAAAUUUGACAAUAUAGAGCAAGGUAUGGCAAUUCUUGCAAAGACUUUGAGAUCUGUCAAGGUGCUCAUUGUUCUUGAUGAUGUGGAUCAUGCGGAUCAGCUUUAUGCUCUGUUGCCUGUAAAAGAUAGGCUUGGAGGGGGCAGUCUUAUCAUUAUUACAACACGGGAGUACGAAGUUCUUAAAUCAAAGGGCAUAUCAUCUGUGUAUAAAAUGAGAGCACUCGAUCCGUUUUAUUCAGAGCAGCUUUUUUGUUGGCAUGCUUUCUCACAAUCUGUUCCUCUCAACGGAUUUGAGGAGCUAACAAAUUUUUAG